AUGGCUUUAGCUACCACAGCCGCCAUUGCUGCAGGCACGACAGCAGCAGCAGCCUACUUAGACGCCAAGUUCCAUCUCAGCAAAGACAUCCGCCAGUUGCGGAUGCUCAGCAGUGCGGAGCGCGAGACCACAAGAGCUAUCAAAACCAAACGCCUAUCCUGCCUCUACUUCUUCGAAGAAGCCGUCCGCGACUACCCCGACGCUGAGGCUAUCUGGUCGCGUGAGGGAAUAUUCACUUGGAAAGAGACACAUACCAAGACUUGCCAAUAUGCUGCAUAUUUCCUUGAGCUGGGUGUCAGACCUGGCGAGCUGGUGGCCUUUUAUUUACAGAACUCGCCUGAGUUCGUCUUUGCGUGGUUGGGAUUAUGGGCCAUUGGAUGUGCACCGGCCAUGAUCAAUUUCAAUUUAUCCGAAGAUGCCUUGAUACAUUGUUUGAAGCUUUCGGGCGCCAAGAUAGUAGUGGUUGAUGAAGAGGAGAAGGUGAGGACCAGGAUUGAUGGUGAGAAGCAGAGGAUAGAGGAGCUUGGCAUGCAGACCAUCGUGCUGUCUAGGGAGUUGAAGAGCUCCAUAGCUGCAAAGACUGCACAAAGACCUGAUGACAGCUAUCGAGAAGGCCUCAAAGCCAGCUUCCCAAGUGUACUGUUUUACACCAGUGGGACGACCGGUCUGCCCAAAGGCGCAUCAUUUCCCACCAGUCGAAUGCACCUCGCGGGUGCCAGGCGUGCAAAUUAUUGUGACCAGCGCCCCGGUCCUGGUGGAGACAGAUGGUACGUCUGCAUGCCGAUGUACCAUGGGACGGGUGGAAUCGCGGCAAUGACGUGCAUGAUGGCCGGUGUCUCCCUCGCCAUUGGUAAAGGCUUUUCAGUCAGUAACUUUUGGCGUGAUGUCCGAGAUUCGGAGUCGACCUUCUUCGCGUAUGUGGGGGAGACGGCACGCUACCUCCUCGCUGCACCCCCGUCGCCAUUGGAUAAAGAGCACAAGGUCCGUUGUAUGUGGGGCAAUGGAUUGAGACCCGACGUGUGGCUUCCUUUCCGUGAGCGCUUUGGUGUACCGGAAGUGGCCGAGUUCUUCAAUAGCUCUGAGGGUAUGUUGUCUUUGUUCGUCUGGAACCGAGGAAAUUAUUCUGUCGAUUGUGUUGGCCAUCAUGGAGCGUUGAUGAGACUUGUAACGAGGGAUACAUUCGCGCCCGUAGCCAUCGACCAUGAGACGAACGAAAUCAUCAGAAACCCAAAGACAGGCUUUGCAACACGAAAUAGCUACAAUGAGGGCGGCGAGAUUCUUGUCAGAUUGUCCGAUGAAUCGCUCUUUCCGGGGUACUGGAAUAACCCUGAGGCAACAAAGAAGAAACUCGAUCGGGAUGUGUUCAGAAAGGGAGAUCUGUAUUACAGAUCGGGCGACGCCCUGAGAAGGACUGAUGACGGAAGAUGGCUCUUCAUGGACCGCUUAGGGGAUACGUAUCGAUGGAAGAGCGAGAACGUCAGCACUGCCGAGGUCGCAGAGGUGAUUGGCAAAUUCCCCGGCGUCUUCGAGGCCAACGUGUAUGGAGUUGAGAUACCCAGGCAUGAGGGCAGAGCAGGGUGUGCUGCUCUUAGCAUAGCGCCUGAACAUCGGAAGAAUUUCGAUUGGAGGGGACUUGCAUCACAUGCGAGGAAACAGUUGCCAGGAUAUGCGGUACCUGUCUUUGUGAGAGUGCUAGGUGGAGAAGUUGGCGGGGCAGCGAGUCAUAACAACAAGCAAAACAAGGUUGCUUUGCGAGCAGAAGGGAUCGACCCGAGCAAGAAGGGCUCAAAGGUAAUGGGUGGUGGAGGAGAUGAAAAUUACUGGAUGUCCCCAAAAAGCGAUAAGUUUGUCCGCUUCGAAGAUAAGGACUGGCGCAAUCUAGUGGGAGGGACAGCUAGGCUUUGA